UGCACUUCACUGGAGGAGAGGAGAUUACGUGCGCAAAAACUGAAGUUCACCAAGCAGCUGCGCUUCACCAGAGGAACCUGGGCAAUAACACAGAUUUCCUCGAGUGAAUACGCGAAAACAACAACAGAAGCAAAGAGAGCGGCAGGGAAAUUGAUUGUAUGGCACCUCAGUCGUGCGUAAUGAAUCCUGCGCAAGGAUCACCUCCCUCGGCUGCUCCGGGGGAAACCUCUCCAGAGGACCGGGUGACGGACGAGCUGGACCUGUCAUCCGUCAGGAGAUAUAAACCCAAAAGUUCAGAUUUGCCUUUCAGCGUGGAGUCUCUCAUAUCAGACAGGACGCCGGACAGAAGCCUGCGCUCCCCCGAGCCCGGCUCAGGUUGCGUCCAAGUGGAGGAGACCGAGUGUGCGUCACCGAGGGGACUCUAUCGGUCCAAAGCGGAGGCGGUGGACCUCAGUGACAGGGAGUCGAGCCCCUGGUUUCACGCUCCUUACGCAUCCCCUCCAAGACUUCCCAGCCCCAGCACGUGCAACCUUCGGAAACACAAGAACAACAGGAAACCCAGGACUCCCUUCACGACCUCUCAGCUGCUCUCUCUGGAGAGAAAGUUCCGUCAGAAACAGUACCUCUCCAUCGCGGAGAGAGCCGAGUUCUCCAGCUCGCUCGGCCUCACAGAGACUCAGGUCAAGAUCUGGUUUCAGAACCGCAGAGCCAAAGCCAAGAGACUGCAGGAGGCCGAGCUGGAGAAGUACAAACUGGCCGCGAAGCCGCUGAUGCCGGCCUUCGCUUUUCCUUUACCCCUGAACGCACCGCUGGGCGCUCCGGCCCUGUACGGGGCCCUGACCGGACCGCGGCCUGCCUUACAUGUCCCGGGACUCUUCCGUGGACCGUAUGGGAUGUACUACUUAUCUUAACCCGAGUUAACUUUGAACUGCAUCACCCGGACAGCUGCCUUAAAAAUACCUUCACAUAGCAACCGACCCCUACUGCAAAACAAAUCCAUUUUCUGAGACCACCUGCCUUAAAUCUUAUUUUAAAUAUCUUAAAUUCCGUAUUUGUACAAACUGAAAUAACGUCAUACCACAAAACAUAUAUUUUUUUAACACAAAUGUUGUUCGUUUCUGACAUAGACUUUAUUGAAGUUUGCUCCUUUCGGAUAGAGAAAAAUGAUUUAUUUUCUCUCCCGCUGAUUGUCAUGCCUUUACAAUUUCAUGUUAAUUCUCUGUAAAUGAAAAACUGAAGACUUAAGUUAAAGUUAAUUAUCGACAUUUUUAGUAGUCUAAAUUCAGUUUAAUCUGUUCUUCUAAAAUUCCCCAGAGCAGGUUUAAAAAUACGUUUUUAAGUGUAGAGCCUUUCUGGGCUUUUCAUUGCAUGAACUUGAGUUUUCUCAUUUGAAUGUUGCACGUUAAGAGGACAUGUUUAUUUAAAUGCCUGUAAAUUUGGGUUUAAAGCAACAACUUUCCAUGUUUCCUACCAGAGGCCUUUGACAUUUCCUCAUCUUGAGUGUUUCUAUUUGGAGGACCGUAAACGCAGCAGAGCGAAAACAAUUAGACCCUUAGUAUACUCUGACGGACUGAAUGAUCAUUUAUGGCUUAUCAUCAGACUUUCUCUGUAUCAGCUAGAGGAACAGAGACUGUCUGUUUAUAUUUAUAAUCAUUAUUUUUAGAAAAUCACGAGACACACUGAGUCUUCUUGGUGUGUUUUUUUUUUUUUUUGAUGUUGUGAUGAAAUUUAAAACAUUAUUUAGAGGUUUUAUCUUCAAACAUGAAGCUGUUGAAUACUGCACAGUGAAUUGGUCAAUGUUAUAUCAGCCAUGAGAUCUUUCAAAGUGAAUUUAGAAUUACAAUCUGUAAGUCAUACUCUUGGUUCUAACUUCAUUAUUUUUCUCAGUUGUACAAAGUUACUGUUGUCAGUUCAUUUAAUUUUACCUCAAAGGGGAGAUUUUUCGAUUUGCACAGAUGUUCAAAGAGCUCUUAAGAGUCCAAGACCACAGACAGAUUCAUCACUACAUGUAAAAUAAAUAAAGGUCUUCAACUAUUUUUGCAAACACUCAGAAUGCUCAACAUGACUGACGGACGACGAUCAGUCAUUAAUGUACAGAAUAUUUUAUAUAUUUGAUGUGUGAAAAGUUGUUUUGUACUUUAUUAAAAU